GAGCUCCCAGACACCGGCGAGACCAUGUCCCGGUUAACAGUAAAAAACGCCGUCGUUUCAGCCUGUCGCUGGCGGCAUCUGUCCCACUCUCUCUUGCGGCCUCUCCACCGCCGUCGCUGCUCGCCUUCCUCCCCGCUUAACCCUAUAUUCGUUGCAUCAAUGAGCGAAAGCUUCAUGCAAAGUCCACAACAGAAACCAUGCACAUAGAGGCUAAACCAGAUGAAAGGAACUAUUCUCAUAUUAUGUGGUGGAAGGAGAUGGUGGAGAGGUCGAGAAAGCCUUCUUCUAUUAACCUAGUUAAGAGGCUCACAUAUUCUAACCUAUUGGGUGUAAAUUCAGAAUUAAGGAAUGGGAGUUUGAAAGAAGGAACACUUAUUUGGGAGAUGUUGAAGUUCAAGUCUAGAUUUCCUCGCGAGGUUUUGCUGUGCAGAGUUGGUGAGUUCUAUGAGGCCGUAGGUUUUGAUGCUUGUAUACUUGUGGAGUAUGCUGGCUUAAAUCCAUGUGGCGGUCUUCGUUCAGACAGCAUACCAAAAGCUGGUUGUCCGGUUAUGAAUCUAAGACAGACUUUGGAUGGCCUGACAAGUAAUGGAUUUUCAGUUUGCAUUGUGGAGGAAGUUCAAGGUCCAACUCAAGCUCGUUCUCGUAAAAGUCGCUUUAUAUCUGGGCAUGCACAUCCUGGUAAUCCUUAUGUAUUUGGACUUGUUGGAGAUGACCAUGAUCUUGAUUUUCCAGAGCCAAUGCCAGUAGUUGGAUUAUCUCGUUCAGCUAAGGGGUAUUGCAUCAUAUCUGUUCUGGAAACUACAAAGACGUACUCCACUGAGGAUGGGCUGACCGAGGAAGCAUUAGUUACUAAACUUCGAACUACUUUGUCUCAUCAUUUAUUUUUGCAUACUUCAUUGAAAUAUAAUUCAGCAGGAACUUCUCGCUGGGGGGAGUUUGGUGAUGGUGGGCUGCUGUGGGGAGAAUGUAGUGCAAGAAACUAUGAGUGGUUGGACGGUGAUCCAACAAAUGCGCUCUUGUCUAAGGUGAAAGAAAUUUAUGGUCUUGAUUGUGAUGCCACUUUUAGAAAUGCUACCGUUGCAUCUGAAAAUAGACCACGCCCUUUGCUCUUAGGAACUGCCACACAGAUAGGUGCAAUACCAACAGAAGGAAUUCCUUCUUUGCUAAAGGUGUUGCUUCCGCCACAUUGCACAGGUCUACCUGUUCUGUACAUAAGAAAUCUCCUUCUGAAUCCACCUACAUAUGAGAUUGCAUCUAAAAUCCAAGAAGCAUGCCGACUUAUGAUGGAUGUAACAUCUUCGGUUCCGGAAUAUACUUGUCUCUCAUCCUCAAAGCUUGCCAAGUUGCUCACAUUGAGGGAAGCAAAUCACAUAGAAUUUUGCAGAAUGAAGACGAUGCUGGAUGACAUACUGCAAAUGUAUAGAGAUAAUGAGCUUGUUCAUAUUCUACAUUUGUUGAUAGAUCCUACUUGGUUGGCAACUGGGUUAAAAGUUGACAUUGACUUGCUGGUAAAUGAAUGUGAGAAUGUCUCUAGUACAAUUGGUGAACUGAUUUUUCUUGAGGGAGAAAAUGAUCAGAUUACAAGUUUCUCCUCUAUUAUUCCUAAAGAUUUUUUUGAAGACGUGGAGUCUUCAUGGAAAGGUCGUGUCAAGAGGGUUCAUUUGGAAGAAGCAUAUGCAGAAGUUGAGAAUGCAGCAAAUGCCUUAGAAUUGGCUGUUAAGAAAGAUUUCCUUCCUAUUAUUUCGAUAGUAAAGGCCACUAGUACUCCAUUUGGAGGGCCUAAGGGGGAGAUUUUGUAUGCUCGAGAGCAUCAGGCAGUAUGGUUCAAGGGGAAGCGUUUUAUGCCUUCUGUUUUGUCUGGGACCCCUGGAGAAAAUCACGUUAAACAGCUUAAACCUGCUGUGGACUCAAAGGGAAAGAAGGUUGGAGAGGAAUGGUUUACCACAAUGAAUGUGGAGAAAGCAUUAACAAGGUAUCAUGAGGCUAAUGCUAAGGCCAAGCUUGAGGUACUGGAAUUGCUCAGAGGGCUCUCUUCUGUGUUACAAACUAAGAUCAAUAUCGUUGUCUUUGCGUCUAUGCUGGUUAUUAUUGCAAAGGCCUUGUUUGGUCAUGUGAGUGAAGGGAGGAGAAGGAAAUGGAUUUUCCCAACCCUUCGAGGGUCCAAGGACUGCAAGCCACAUGGUGGGUUAAAUAUGAUGAAGUUAUCUGGUUUAUCCCCUUAUUGGUUUGAUGUAGUGCAAGGUAGUGCUGUACAAAAUACCGUUGAUAUGCAAUCACUAUUUCUGUUAACCGGGCCCAAUGGAGGUGGAAAAUCAAGUUUGCUACGAUCAAUUUGUGCUGCUGCAUUGCUAGGGAACUGUGGAUUCAUGGUUCCGGCUGAAUCAGCUAUCAUUCCUCAUUUUGAUUCAAUUAUGUUACACAUGAAAUCUUAUGAUAGCCCUGCUGAUGGAAAAAGUUCAUUCCAGAUUGAAAUGUCCGAAAUCCGUUCCCUUAUUAAUGGUUGCACCUCAAGAAGCCUAGUACUUAUUGAUGAAAUAUGCCGAGGAACAGAAACAGCAAAAGGAACAUGCAUUGCCGGCAGUAUUAUAGAAACUCUCGAUGAAAUUGGGUGUUUGGGCAUUGUAUCAACCCACUUGCAUGGAAUCUUUGGUUUACCUUUGAAGUCCGAAAAUACUGUGUACAAAGCAAUGGGAUCUGAUUAUAUUGAUGGUCGAACUGUACCAACAUGGAAGCUUGUAGAUGGGAUCUGCAGAGAAAGCCUUGCAUUCGAAACUGCUCUGCGAGAAGGAAUCCCUGAAAAGAUAAUCCAUAGGGCUGAACAGUUAUACCAGUCAUAUUACAACGGGCAGAGUUCUCCCUCUAUGGAUAGAGACCCAGAACAAAAAAAAUCAAAUCAUAAACCUGAUAUGAACAUGAAUGAUGAAAGGCCUGAUAGAUUCAAUGGUUCUAGACAGAAAUAUACGACUUCUACGCCAAAAUCCACGAACGUAACCAAAACCUGGUGCAAGGAGGAUUUGGAAAAGUCCAUUACCACUAUUUGUCAGGAGAAGUUAAUGAAAUUCCACAAGAUAGAAAACACGUCCGAGUCUUCUAUUAAGUAUUUUAUGAUUUCUGUGCGGGAGCAGCCUCCUCCAUCAACCAUCGGUACUUCAACAGUGUAUGUGAUGCUUAGACCAGACAAUAAACUUUAUGUUGGGCAGAGUGACGAUCUAGGGGGCAGAAUCCGCUCUCAUCGCGCGGACGAGGGAAUGGAGAAGGCAUGCUUCCUCUAUUUCUGUGUCCCCGGAAAGAGUGUGGCUUGUGAACUGGAAACUCUUCUCAUAAACCAGCUCCCAAAACAUGGGUUUCAGCUGACUAAUGUUUCUGAUGGUAGGCACAGGAAUUUCGGAACAUCUGACCACUCCUUCGAAGCAGCCCCAAUGUUCAGAUGACCUCUGCCACAGCCAUGUCUGGGACUUAGGGUCUAGUUUUUUGUAUAAUAGAAUUGUUGUAUUUUGGGAAAAUUCUUGUAAGGUUUCACCAUUAUUGGGACAGUGGCUGCAGCAGUUUUGGUCAAUAUAGGUUGCUCCACUCA